AUGGCGGACUGUACACCUGGCCCUCUGCCACUUUCGCAGCGCAGUAGCGAAGUGUCACGUGUUGGUCCUUACGGACAAUGUGGCUGCCAAGGCACAUGUGAACCGAAAUACAAGGAAUAUGAAAAGGAGGUUACAAUUGAAGAAAUUGAUGGCCUUCAACUUGUGAAGAAACUAGCCAAGAACAUGGAAGAGAUGUUUCAUAAAAAAGCUGAAGCUGUCCGGCGCCUCGUUGAAGCUGCAGAAGAAGCUCACCUGAAACAUAAAUUUGAUGCUGAUUUACAGUAUGAAUAUUUCAAUGCUGUUCUCAUUAAUGAACGAGAUGAAGAUGGAAACUUUUUAGAACUAGGAAAGGAAUUCAUCCUUGAACCAAAUGACCAUUUCAACAAUUUGCCGGUGAAUGUCACUUUGAGUGAUGUCCAAGUACCAACAAAUAUGUACAAUAAAGAUCCUGCAAUUGUGAAUGGAGUUUACUGGUCCGAAUCAUUGAACAAAGUGUUUGUUGACAACUUUGGCCACGACCCUUCCCUUAUAUGGCAAUACUUUGGAAGCGCAAAGGGAUUUUUCAGGCAGUAUCCAGGAAUUAAAUGGGAGCCAGAUGAAAAUGGAGUCAUUGCGUUUGACUGCAGAAAUAGAAAAUGGUAUAUUCAGGCAGCCACUUCUCCUAAAGAUGUUGUCAUUUUAGUUGAUGUUAGUGGCAGUAUGAAAGGACUUCGCUUGACUAUUGCAAAACAAACAGUAUCUUCCAUUUUGGAUACCCUUGGAGAUGAUGACUUUUUUAAUAUAAUUGCUUAUAAUGAAGAGCUCCACUAUGUAGAACCUUGCUUAAAUGGAACUUUAGUACAAGCAGAUAGAGGUAACAAAGAGCACUUCAGGGAACACCUUGACAAACUUUUUGCCAAAGGAAUCGGAAUGCUGGACAUUGCCUUAGUUGAAGCUUUCAAUAUGCUCAGUGAUUUCAAUCACACAGGACAAGGAAGUAUCUGCAGUCAAGCCAUAAUGCUGAUUACUGAUGGUGCAGUGGAUACAUAUGAUGCUAUAUUUGAAAAAUAUAAUUGGCCGGAUAGAAAGGUUCGCAUUUUCACCUACCUGAUAGGAAGAGAAGCUGCCUUUGCAGAUAAUCUUAAAUGGAUGGCUUGUGCCAACAAAGGAUUUUUCACUCAGAUCUCAACCCUAGCUGAUGUGCAAGAAAAUGUUAUGGAAUAUCUCCAUGUGCUCAGUCGACCUAAAGUAAUUGAUCAAGAACAUGAUGUAGUGUGGACUGAAGCCUAUGUCGACAGUACUCUUCCUCAGGCUCAAAAGCUUGCUGACGAUCAGGGAUUGGUUUUGAUGACCACUGUUGCCAUGCCAGUAUUUAGUAAGCAAAAUGAGACUAGAUCAAAAGGCAUUCUUCUGGGAGUUGUGGGCACAGAUGUUCCAGUGAAAGAACUUCUAAAGGCAAUUCCAAAAUACAAGCUAGGCAUUCACGGAUAUGCAUUUGCAAUUACAAAUAAUGGAUAUAUUCUGACUCAUCCUGAACUCAGGCCUCUGUAUGAAGAAGGGAAAAAGCGAAGAAAGCCCAAUUACAGCAGUGUUGACCUCUCUGAGGUUGAAUGGGAAGACAGAGAUGAUGUGCUUCGAAAUGCAAUGGUGAAUCGGAAAACAGGAAAAUUCUCCAUGGAAGUGAAGAAAACAGUGGACAAAGGGAAGCGAGUGUUGGUGAUGACAAAUGACUACUAUUAUACAGAUAUCAAGGGGACCCCUUUCAGUUUAGGUGUGGCUCUGUCUAGAGGACAUGGCAAAUAUUUUUUCAGAGGGAAUGUGACAAUAGAAGAAGGAUUACAUGAUUUAGAACAGCCUGAUGUCUCUUUGGCAGAUGAAUGGUCAUAUUGCAACACAGACCUGCAUCCAGAACACCGCCAAAUGACUCAACUGAAGGCAAUUAAAAACUAUCUCACAGGGAAAGAGCCAUUGCUUCCUUGUGACAAAGAACUGAUACAAGAAGUCUUAUUUGAUGCAGUGGUGAGUGCCCCAAUUGAAGCUUAUUGGACCAGCCUUGCACUAAAUAAAUCAGAAAAUUCAGACAAGGGUGUAGAAGUUGCUUUCCUUGGAACUCGGACGGGCCUUUCUCGGAUCAAUCUUUUUGUUGGGCCAGAACAACUAACUAAUCAAGACUUCUUGACAGCUGAAGACAAGGAAAAUAUUUUUAAUGCAGAUCAUUUCCCACUUUGGUAUAGAAGAGCUGCUGAGCAGAUUCCAGGAAAUUUUGUCUACUCCAUUCCAUUCAGUACAGAAACAGCAAACAAGAGCAAUGUGGUGACAGCAAGCACCGCCAUACAGCUAUUGGAUGACCGAAAGUCACCUAUGGUAGCAGAGCAGAGUACUUCAGACCAGCAGGCUCUCAGCCAAUAUACUGUAGGUAUCCAGAUGAAACUGGAGUUUUUCCAAAGGAAAUUUUGGACUGCCAGUAGACAGUGCACAUCCCUUGAUGGCCGAUGUUCCAUAAGCUGUGAUGAUGAGAAUAUUAACUGUUAUCUCAUUGAUAAUAAUGGAUUUAUAUUAGUUUCAGAAGACUACACGCAGACUGGAAACUUUUUUGGUGAGAUUGAAGGUGCAGUGAUGAACAAAUUGCUAAUAAUGGACUCAUUUAAAAGAAUUACUCUGUAUGACUACCAAGCCAUGUGUAGAACAACCAAAGAGAGUAGUGAUAGCGCCCAUACCUUAUUGGAUCCUUACAAAGCUUUCUUUGCUGCAGUCAAAUGGAUUGUGACUGAACUUGUCUUGUUUCUGGUGGAAUUUAAUCUAUGCAAUUGGUGGCAUUCGGAUCUUAUGGCAAAGGCUCAGCGAUUGAAGCAAACCCUAGAGCCUUGUGACACUGAAUAUCCAGCUUUUGUUUCUGAACGCACAAUCAAGGAGACUACAGGAAAUAUUUAUUGCGAUAACUGCUUCAAGUAAGUACUUAAUUCUUUUUCCAUGGAGUUGGUUGAGAAAUUCUGAACUUCAUGCUCAUCUCAUGGAAAACUGGCUCUUAGUAUUACUCUAAUCCCAUCACAAUAUUUAGACUGUGAUACUCAUAAA